UAAGAAUGGAGAAUAGAGAGGACCUUACUUCAAUCCUUCCCUUUUUGCCACUAUGUCUCCAGUCAUCAUGUUCCCUUUUUUGGCCACCGCCAGUUGUUGAAGCACUGAAAGCGCUCUCUUUUGGUCCUCAUUACAGCAAUGUAAACUCCGGCCAAGUCCUCUUUCUCGCUAUUUCCGAUAUUCGGAACUCUCUCUCCUUGCCUGAUUAUUCAAUUUCAUCUUCUGCUUCUGACGGUUUUUCCCUCUUCUUUGAUGAUUUAAUUCCUAGGGCUGAAGCUGCUAAAUGGUUCGAAGAAGUGGUGCCGAAAUUGGCGGAUUUACUAUUGCAGUUGCCCUCUUUAUUAGAGACUCACUAUGAGAAGGCUGAUGGUGGUAUUGUUAAAGGAGUCAAUACUGGUCUUCGCUUAUUGGAAUCACAACAGCCUGGCAUUGUUUUUAUCAGUCAGGAUUUAGUCGGUGCUCUUCUUGCAUGUUCCUUCUUUUGUCUAUUCCCUACCAGUGAUAGAGGUGCCAAACAUCUCCCGACGAUCAACUUUGAUCAUUUGUUUGCGUAUCUGUAUGAUCAUUAUGACGAGAAACUUGAAAAUAAAUUAAAGUGCAUUGUUCACUAUUUUGAGAGGAUUGCUUCAUCGAUGCCCGCUGGCUGCGUGUCAUUUGAGCGAAAAGUUCUUGCUCUAGAACAUGGUACAUUUUGUUUUCCUUAUCCAAAGGAAAAUUUCUGGAGCCAAUCCAAUAUUUGCCUUUGCCCUUUUAAGAUUUCCAAUUCAGGCUUCAUUGAAGAUCAAUCAAGUGACGCUAUUGAAGUUGAUUUUGCGAACAAGUAUCUUGGAGGUGGUGCUCUCAGUCGGGGUUGUGUACAGGAAGAGAUUCGCUUUAUGAUCAAUCCGGAGUUAAUUGCUGGCAUGCUUUUCUUGCCUUGCAUGGCAGACAAUGAAGCAAUUGAAAUAGUUGGUACAGAGAGGUUCUCAAAUUAUACCGGAUAUGCUUCUUCCUUCCGUUUUGAUGGUGACCAUGUGGACAAAAAAGAAAUUGAUGUUCUUGGAAGGCGUAAGAGGAGAAUAAUUGCAAUAGAUGCACUAAGCAGCCCUGGAAAAAGGCAGUACCGGGUCGAAUGCCUCCUAAGGGAAAUUAACAAGGCUCUUUGUGGUUUUAUGGAUCAUUUUAAGUGUUAUCAGUAUAGAAAGUUUCUUCAAGAUACUGGCUUCGUGGGAUGUCGACAUGAUCCUAAUGUAAAAGAAUCUGAUGGACAUUCUGAAGUUUAUCAUUCGUCUCUUGGAAAUCCUUCAACAUCAUCUCAAACAACUGAAGAAACUUUGGCUAACCAGUUAUUCAAAGAUCACAAGGAACACUAUUGUCAGCCUUUAGACUAUCAGGAAGAAAUUGGAGUUGUGACUGGAAAUUGGGGCUGUGGUGCUUUCGGUGGGGAUCCUCAAGUUAAAGCUAUGCUUCAGUGGCUUGCUGCAUCCCAGGCUUUGAGACCUUUCAUCUUGUAUUAUACAUUUGACUUGGAAGCACUGCAAAUGCUCGGCCAGGUGGCUCAAUGGAUUUGUUCACAAGGGUGGACUGUUGGGGAGCUUUGGAAUAUGUUGGUGGAAUAUUCAGUCCAGAAAUUGAGGGGAGAAACUGGAGCUGGCUUCUUCAGUUGGCUCCUUCCAUCCUUGAAAUCCCAUGAUACUAUUUUGCUCAACAAUUCACAUAAUGUUUAAAUUUUUCUGGUGA